AUGAGUGAGAUUCUCGAGUUCACUGGCGAAGCAAGGACGUGGGUGCUGAGGCGGCACCGCAUCCUUGGCAAGGGCAGCUUCGGUUGUGCGACACUGUAUGAAGACAUGCACGCUGCGGGUAGGUUCGUUGUUGUGAAGGAUGUGAACCUGCAGACAAUGAAGAAGGAAGACGAAAUGAAGUCGCUAGAGAUGGAGGUGGCGAUUCUGCGCCGCUCGCGCGGGCACCCGAACAUUGUGCAGUUCCUUGACUACUACCACGAUGGAGACUUCAUGGUGUAUAUCGUGAUGGAGUACUGCGCGGCGGGCGACAUGGGGCAGCUCGAGGAGCAGCUGCAGUACCGCACGUCGCACCAGCCGGAGAGCUUCGUUGCCUCGGUGUUGAUACAGAUACUCGCCGGAUUGCACUUCCUGCACGUUGAGCAGCACACGCUGCACCGCGACAUUAAGCCGCAAAAUUUGUUUCUCUGUGGUGACGAGGCUCUCCGCAUCGGCGACUUUGGCGUCUCGACGAUCCUUGAGCAGUUCGGUGGCGUGGCCAAGGCCGUGUGUGGGUCGCCAUUCUACAUGGCCCCGGAGGUGUGUGAAGAAAAGGCGUACGACGGCAAGGCCGAUCUGUGGAGUGUGGGUGUGACGCUGUACGAGCUGAUGGUGCUGGAGCGGCCAUUCACUGCGCGGUCUGUGCCUGCGCUGACGCGGCAGAUCAUACGCGGCGAAUUUAACCCGAUCCCGAGCAGCCUUCCUUACUCGACACAGCUGGUAGAAUUGGUGCAGUCGUUUCUGCAGACAUCCGUCACGUCGCGGCCUACGCUUCGCCGUGCGUUGCGCAGUGCGUACGUGCGAAGCCACCUCGCGUGCGUCCCUCUCAGCUGUCUCGAGUCACCGCACUACACGCGGCUUUUUGGCGAGGAGCUCGUGCGAGGCGCCGUUGCGCAGCGUAGUAGUCGGUCCGCAACUGUGGGUGCGGGCGGCGCUUGUGGAAAGGAGCUGAAGAGCAACAACAAGGACAACAAGCACGAGGAGCCGUCCUCAUCUGCCCGCGGCGAUGUGUCGGAGCUGGAGAUGUGGCUCAAGACGAGCGGAGAGGACGCCGCCGAUGCACUCAUCGGCGCGAGGCGGGGGAGCCAGCAGGUGGCAGGGCGAACAUCACCGCGUCCGGGAGUCGGCGUGGGGGCGACAACGAGAGAUACUCCAAUGGGUGCAAUAUGCACAACGGGACAACAACAACAACAACAGCAGCAGCAGCGUCUCGGGGAUAACGACGACGAAGAGGUAUGGAACGAUGCCUACGAAGACGAUUUUGAGAGUGAAAGCAGCAGCGACGCUGGGGAGUAA